AUGUGUUUCAUUUUAGCUGGCAAGUAUAAACCACUAUGCAAUGGAAUAAGUCUGUUGAAGUCCAACGAAGCUCGACUCACAUGGAUCCCGCCAGUGAUGAAAAAUGAAGAGGUUGCCAGUUUUAGAGUUUUCUACUUUCAUGAUGGUGCACUCUCAAUGACACUCACCUCUGAAAACGAAUUAAAAAUUCCCGUCUAUGAGAACGACACUAUGAUCAGAGCAAUUGUGAGAUCUGUGACCAAAUCUGACGUUUGGACAGGUGAAUACAAAGUGGAUCCGAAGGAAUGCCAAUUCAACUCAAAACGAAGUAAUGACUGUAUUUUUCGUGUUAUUUUAUCUUUUUAA